AUGACGAGUGAAGUCCAUAGAGACAACGUGGAGCAGCAGCAGACCCAGAACACCGAGGACAGAGUUGUGAGGACAGACGGCGUGCUGCGCUCCGUGCUGCGAGGCCUCACGUGGCCUUUACGCAUCCUGGGACGGGUAUACAGCGGGCUUUGGUGGAUGCUGGGCUACCGGCAGGCACAGGAGACGGUCGCCGCACGUCACAGCCUCACCGGCCGCAAGCGGCUGCGUUGGAUCACCAGAGUGCUGCUGUACAUCCUGCCCCGCCGGGUGCAGAGCGCUCUGGGCUACCCAGUGUCCAGCAACAUCGGCUGCUCCUUGUCCCCAGACCUCAGAGUCUCUCCUACGAAACCUUGUGGCAAAGGCAGCAAGAGGAAGCAGGAUGAGGUGGACGAGGAAGACGACGACGACGAGGAGGAGCAUCAGACUUGGGUUGAGGCGCUUAAUCAGGAGCUCGAUGACGACGAAGGCCCCGAGUUGGAUCCUGACUUUGAGCCCAGUACUAUAGAAACGGAGAGUGAGGAGUACAAUUUGCACAACGACACUGAAAGCGACCUUGAGAUUCCAGGAAAAGGCAUCGUCAUUGAGGAUGUGAAAAUGGAUGUUGGUUCCACAGUGGUUGAAGUCUCUGCCCCUGCUGUUUAAUGUGUCAUAUUGACAGUAUGUUUUUGGUGUUUUGUAUGUUUGGUAAUUCAAUAAACUGUAUUUUUGCCUUGA